CUAACUAGUUGCAUUGACGGGGUGCCAGGCUGUCUCCACAAUUGCCAUGUGAUUACUUAACUCGGGUCAGAAUCGGGAAAAUAAGACUUGUGCAAUGUAAACCCUUUGUCCUUCACAAAAGAGACCAAUCUGAGGUGUGUAGCUCAAAUCGUUCGCCAGCUAUUGAAGUUUGGAGGUCCGAAUGGCUGGCGAAUAGCGAAUCUCAAGCCAACUUUUCCAGGUUGGGAAGUGAAUGGGAGAAAUGGUAUCCUGUGGGUUGACUAGCCCAGCGCUCUUCCAGCUGUGUUUGUUGUUGAUGUUGGUACCAUACAUCAAAGGCAGAACAUUUGAGAAAUGUCUCCCGGGCAAUGCAUGUCGAUCUGAAAAACCUCCAGUAGUUCUAAUUCCUGGGGACCUGGGGAACCAGCUGGAGGCCAAGCUGGACAAGCCCAGCGUGGUUCACUACAUCUGCUACAAAAAGACUGAAGCCUACUUCACAUUAUGGCUCAACCUGGAACUGAUGGUGCCGGUGGCCAUUGACUGCUGGAUUGACAACAUAAGACUGAUUUAUAACCGUACAACAAGGCAGACAGAAGCACCUCCGGGGGUAGAUGUCAGAGUGCCUGGCUUUGGACAGACCUUCCCUCUGGAAUACCUUGACCCUAGCAAGGGCGAUGUUGGUGUGUAUUUCUUCAACAUAGUGCAGGCACUGGUGGAGUGGGGAUACACCAGAGAUGACGAUGUUCGAGGAGCUCCGUAUGACUGGCGUAAAGCUCCAAAUGAGAACAAAGCCUACUUUUUGAGACUGCAACAUAUGAUUGAGGAGAUGGCCGUGAAGGCUAGGGGUCCGGUUGUCCUGAUAGCCCACAGCAUGGGGAACAUGUACACCCUGUAUUUCCUGAACCAUCAGCCCCAGGCCUGGAAGGAUCGCUACAUCAAGGCCUUUGUGUCCCUGGGUGCACCUUGGGCUGGUGUGGCUAAAACCCUAAGAGUUGUGGCUUCUGGUAAGCGUUUGCAUAUGAUUUUCUGCAUGAAUUACAUAGGUGUCAGAACCACAAUAGUAAAGUUACCGUGGGCUGCAUACUAUUUAAUGUUUAGCAACCACGUAUUUUAUAUCUACACUAUUGCAUUGGAUUAUAAUGUCUCUUUCCUUGCAGGUGAUAAUAACCGCAUCCCAGUCAUCAGUUCACUAGAGAUCCGCUCACAGCAGCGCACUGCGGUCUCAACCACAUGGCUGUUCCCAUACCCACAUUCCUGGCCUGCUGACAAGGUGCUAAUCCAAACACCCACCACCAACUACACAGUGAAGGACUACCAACGCUUCUUCAAGGAUAUCGACUUUGAAGAUGGCUGGGAGAUGCGUCAAGACACUGAACCACUGGUCAGUGCACUGGAGCCCCCUGGGGUGGCCAUACACUGUCUUUAUGGCAGUGGAGUGCCCACAGCAGAGGGUUUUCUCUACACUAUCUUUCCUGAUACAGACCCCACACUGAUUCUCGGAGAUGGGGAUGGGACGGUCAACCUGCUGAGUGCCACCCAGUGCAAGCGUUGGAUAGGCCACCAGACACAGCCUGUCCAUAUGUUUGAACUGGAGGGGAAUGAGCAUGUGGCCAUGUUGCGCAACUUUACCACAGUAACCUACAUCAAGACUGUGCUCUUUGGCCCUUGAGCAACCUUAACCAACUACUGCCCCUCGUCUUGCUGUCUUAAGUGACAAAUUCAAAGAUAAAGAACGGGGAUAGUACAAAGAGAGAACUGAUAGGCAUUUGGACACAUGACGGUCUCAGAGCCUGAGGAGGAAUUGAUGACGGCACUGAAUGUUUUAUCCUAUUUUAUUUUUAAUUAUCCCCUCAGACAUUUGCUGUUUUUCCAAAUUUGUACUAUGUUAAUUGAUAAUAUUUGUAAAGGUCUUUCCCAAUUAACUCAGAUUAGCAGCAGUAAGCUGUGAUGAAUUAAUAAAACCAGGGUCUUGUUGUCAAGGCUGGAUUGCUUACAGGACAGGAAGACGUGGUCUGAUCACCUUGAUUGUAACUAUGCCAUUGCGCUAUGGUUGGACUUGAACAAUAUAUUGCUGGAACUAUCAUGAUGUGUGUUGUGACGAUUAAGUAAAAUAUAAUGUUAAACAUUGCAUUAA